CUAGCCUCUGCCCUGGACCGGAAGCUGCCUUUAGAGGCGGCACCCUGCGGACCCAGACAGUGCGACCCUUGGCCAGAGGCGUGGCGGGGCCUAGGGCCUUAGGUCCCUCCCCCACGUAGCGUUCAGGCUUCAGCGCUUUCUAGAGCACUUGCGCUUCCUGUGACAUUGAGUUGUGAGAGGCGGAUGGUAGGAGUGAGGUUUUACGGAGGGGGAAAGAUUGCCCAUACUGAUUACUGGGAAAGCAGCCGUCUGGAAGGCUCAUCCCAAGCGUCCUCGCCAGGCAGGAUACCAGCCCUGGGCCACCGUGGGUGGGCACAAUGCGACACAGCUAAGCUCAGUCAGUUGGAAAAGCACAAAUAAAUGAAGCCCACUGAGGCCGUGUGUUCAUAACAGACUGGCAGCCCCAGCUGGAGGGUCAGGGAGAGCUUUCCUGACUGGAGAAUAAAAAUGACUGCUGAGACAUGAAAGCUCUGGACAGAAACAGGACCCAGGCAUCUUUCCCAGGGGUAUCUGAAAGAGAAAACUUCAUUUGUGUGUGUGUGCGGGUGUGCACAUGUGUGUGGAAGACGAAGACCUCGCUAUCCUUACAUGGGCUCUUAUUAUCGAACUCACGUCACUAGACGGAUUGAGCUAGGCUGCCUGGCCUAUAAACCACAUGGAUCUGCCUGUCUGUACUUCCCAGUAGCAUCGGACUCUUCCCCCAUCUCCCACCCCCAUUGGUUUUAUGAGACAGGGUUUCUCUGUGUGGCCCUGGCCCCCCUGGAACUCACUCUGUGGACCAGGGUUGCCGUGAACUCAAGAGAGCGACUUACCUCUGCUUCAGGAAUGCUAGGAUUAAAGCCUGUCCCACCACCACCUGGCAGGCACCUGGCUUUUACGUGGGAUCUGGGUUUGGAAUUCGGGUCAGUUUGAAAAACUUACAGACUGAGCUGUAUCCCUAGGCUAUUGUAUGGUUUUGUGAUGCCAGGAAUAGAUCCCAGGACUUCCAAUAUGUUUAACAAGCUCUCUGCCAGGGAGCCACAGUGUGUCCAGUGCAAAAGCUCGUACAGAAGGGCAUUCUCCACUUUGAGAAAUGGGCUUUCACUCUACCUCAGUCCAUCAGGGUGGAAGGCAAGUGGCCAGCCUCUUAUGUUUGGAAGCUGCCGGAACAGGUCCGGCCACAGUAAACAAGUCCAACAUUCAUCAGAGAAACAACAGUGGUGGCCAAGCUACAUGGAAGAGCUGGAGUUGUUCAGAAGUAAAGAGGUGGAGUGCCCCACCCCCAGCAUUUUCCUUAGUCCCUUGAGUGUGUACCUGCCCUGGAUGCCACCCAAAGUCAACAACCGGUGCUCAUCUGCAGGAACUACCGUGGGGAUGUGGACAUGUCAGAGGUGGAGCACUUCAUGCCCAUCCUGAUGGAGAAGGAGGAGGAGGGCAUGCUGUCACCUAUCUUGGCCCACGGUGGUGUUCGCUUCAUGUGGAUUAAGCACAACAACCUGUACUUGGUCGCCACUUCAAAAAAGAACGCUUGUGUGUCGCUGGUGUUCUCCUUCCUCUACAAGGUGGUACAGGUCUUCUCUGAGUACUUUAAGGAGUUGGAGGAGGAGAGCAUCCGAGACAACUUUGUCAUCAUCUACGAGCUGCUGGAUGAGCUCAUGGACUUCGGCUACCCACAGACCACGGACAGCAAGAUCCUGCAGGAGUACAUCACUCAAGAAGGCCACAAGCUGGAAACGGGGGCUCCUCGGCCCCCGGCCACUGUCACCAAUGCUGUGUCCUGGCGCUCAGAGGGCAUCAAAUAUCGGAAGAACGAAGUGUUCCUGGACGUAAUUGAGGCUGUUAAUCUCUUGGUCAGUGCCAAUGGCAACGUGCUGCGCAGUGAAAUUGUGGGCUCCAUCAAGAUGCGAGUCUUCCUCUCAGGCAUGCCCGAGCUGCGCCUGGGCCUCAAUGACAAGGUUCUCUUCGACAACACAGGCCGAGGGAAGAGCAAGUCGGUGGAGCUAGAAGACGUGAAAUUCCACCAGUGCGUGCGGCUGUCACGUUUUGAGAACGACCGCACCAUCUCCUUCAUCCCACCGGAUGGAGAGUUCGAACUCAUGUCCUACCGCCUCAACACCCAUGUGAAGCCUCUGAUCUGGAUUGAGUCUGUGAUUGAGAAGCAUUCCCACAGCCGCAUUGAGUACAUGGUCAAGGCCAAGAGCCAGUUCAAGCGGCGGUCAACAGCCAACAACGUAGAGAUCCACAUACCAGUCCCCAAUGACGCUGAUUCACCCAAGUUCAAGACUACGGUGGGGAGUGUCAAGUGGGUCCCCGAGAACAGCGAGAUCGUGUGGUCCAUCAAGUCCUUUCCGGGUGGCAAGGAGUACCUGAUGCGGGCCCACUUUGGCCUCCCCAGUGUGGAAGCUGAAGACAAGGAGGGCAAGCCUCCCAUCAGCGUCAAGUUCGAGAUCCCCUAUUUCACCACCUCUGGCAUCCAGGUGCGCUACCUGAAGAUCAUUGAGAAAAGUGGCUACCAGGCCCUGCCGUGGGUCCGCUACAUCACACAGAACGGAGAUUACCAGCUCCGGACCCAGUGAGAGGCCUCUGCAAGCACCCCAGCCCAUCCAACCUCAGGGCACACCCGCCAUACUCAGAGACCGAAGCUGGAGGGUGGCCCUGGACACGCAGCCACCCUCCCCUCAAGCCUGCGUGGACCCCAGAGAACCCCUUGCUUGGUCCCACCCUGACCCAGGGUGGGAAGAAAGGGCCUGCCAGCCUCCCCCAGGGACAAGCCAGCUUAAGCCUUGGCUUCUCGGUGCCACAUGCCUGGCCACUUAGCACCCAGUGGAUGCCACCCUCGCCCACUCCCAGGGCCUCCUUUUGUUGCCAUUUUGUUGAGCGUGUUGAUCAUUGUCACUGUUCGUUGCUGUCCUGUCACCUUUCUCCAUGUGUCCUGUGUAGCCACCGUGCAGCACUUAGUGAAGGCAGCUGUCCCCCUCUCCACACUAGUCCAUGGCCAGGAGCGUUGCUGUGCCUGGGCCAGCGGUGCCUCCUAUGCCAGCCCUUGGCCACAUCAGUGUUUCCCGAGAAGGUACUUGGCCUCAGCCUUUCCUCCCAAGAGCCCUUGGGCGGGUACAGGCUCCCCUCAGUACAAAGCCACAGUGCCCUCCACCCCCGUGUGUGUGACAGUUACAUUAAAGUGCAUUCGUUAUACUGGC